UUUCAACUAUUUUAGACAGGCGUAGUCAUUUACAAGCCUUAUAAAAUUUCUUCGCAAUGCUGUGAAUAUCUGCAUUGUGCAGAAUUUAUGAAAAUAUUUUCAAUAUGAUGCAAUUUAUGCUUUUGUUUAGUCGUCAAGGUAAAUUGCGACUACAGAAAUGGUAUGAAGCUCAUCCAGAUAAAUUGAAAAAGAAAAUCACAAGAGAAUUAGUGGCAUUGGUGCUUUCCAGAAAACCAAAAAUGUGUAGUUUCUUGGAAUGGAAAGAUCUAAAAAUUGUUUACAAAAGAUAUGCUAGUUUAUAUUUUUGCUGUGCAAUAGAAAAUGAUGACAAUGAACUGUUAGCUUUGGAGAUUAUACACAGAUAUGUAGAAUUGUUAGAUAAAUAUUUUGGAAGUGUAUGUGAAUUAGACAUAAUAUUUAAUUUUGAGAAAGCCUACUUCAUGUUAGAUGAGUUAUUAUUGGGUGGAGAGGUUCAAGAAACCAGUAAGAAGAAUGUUUUGAAAGCUAUUGCAGCUCAAGAUCUCUUGCAAGAGGUGUGGAUGAAUUAUGAAUCAGCUUCAGUAACCAAAACACUCCCGAUUUGAAAUAAUAAUUGGAAAAGCAUGGAUGUAUUUUCACAUUAUUUGGAGUCUGAAGAGCCCCGAGGAUUGCUGGAGGAGUUAGGAUUUAUUACUGGGAGCUAAUAGAAGAAAGCCCUGAAGACAGAAGAUUAGAUAAGCAGUGCAGCAUUUACAAUGAUUUGUUAUGUGAAUCUGGCCUUAUUACUUAACAUAUCAAAACUUAUUUUUGAUAAAUCAGUAUUUUUUAUGUCUGUCUUUUGACGGCUUUGAUUUUAGCAUUUGUUGAUGUAGGGUUCAUUUAAAUUUUUUAACAAUAUUUACAUUUUCAAUGUAUAUAUAUAUUUGAAAUAGUGGCAUAUUCAAAUCUUAGAUACGCUAGCAAAGGCAUAAAGUUUGCAAGUUGUACAAACAAUACUGUUGCAUUAGAUGGUUGUGUUGAGUUUUUGAAAAAGAUAACAUAUUUGAUUCAAAAUCCAAUCAAAGAUGUUUCAAGAAUGUAGUUAAAUUCUUCAUGAUUUCAGUUUUAACAAAAUAAUCAGGAUUAUUUAUCCAAGAUUAAAUAAAUUUACAUAUGAUUGAUAAAUUUGCAUAUGAUUGAAUAAAAUUUCCCAUGAAUGUAACUGUAAGAAGGUGCAAUAAGGGCAUUAUUUAUCAAACUUGUAAGCAGUUUGGGUUUUAAAUGCAGUUUUAUCAUAAGGGUGCCUGUAUAAGCAUAUACCAUACUGUUGUAAUUAGUUACCAAAACCAUGAAAUUCCCUUUGGUACCUUUCGAA